GAAAAGGAUCUUCAAACUGCCAUGAUUGCAGAAAAGGAAAUGGCUGCUCAGGUGGCUCAGUGUGAAGAAACCAUUAAACAUUUGCAAAUCGAAUCAUCUUCAUUAAAUUCAGCACAAGAAUUGAAUGAUAGAACAAUUACACAUAAAAAGCAAAUUAUUAGUGAGCUACAGCAAGAAAAUGAUACGCUGAAGCAGAAAUUGAAGGAAACAUUGUGCAAGGCAAACGAAAGUGAAGAACAGGUCAACACUCUGAGCUUGGAAAUAAAUAUGUUGAAAAUAAAACUGAUGGAAAAGACUGAUCUUGCUCAAAACUUGGAAAAGCAAAUUGUCAAACAGCAUGAGUACUUAAGCAGGGCGAAUGAAACUCUCAAGGAUACGAAGAAGGCAGCUGGUAAUAAGAUUCAUCAGAAGGAAAACAAAUUGUGUGCUUUGCAAAAACAGUUAGUGGAGGCUCAAACGCAAUACUCGGCCUGCUAUGAGGAGUUGCUCCACAGAGAAAAACUCAUGCAAAAGCUAAGAGAAGAAGCUAUACAAUUGACAGACCAAAUAUCACAGCAUUCCCAGGACAUCAGCAAGCUCAACACUGAGAAGCAGGAAAUCGAACUGCAAAUGGCAGUAAUUGCUGAGAAGCAUAGAACUGCUCAACAAGAGGUGAUUAACAGAGAUCAGAUUAUUCUAAAAUUGAAGACAGACUUGAAAACUGCACAGGAGAAAUAUACAGGUUCACAGGACGAACUUGGUGUUCAGCAAGCUGAGAUCAACAGACUUCACGAAAAAUUGGAAGAUCUGCAGAAUGAAAUUCGCAACCAAAAGCAUGUUCGCGAUGAACUGGAAAAUCACCUGAGCCAAGCUGAAAAGUCUAUUCAAGAAUCUGCACAUGAACGGGAAAUGCUCAUGCAAGAGAUACAAGCCAAUAAAAAUAAUAUAGCACAAUUGCAGAAUGAUUUGGAUAUCACAAAGCAAUCUUACAAUAUUGAUUUGGAACGAUGGUCACAGAAGAAUGUUUUGUUGCAAAAGGAGCUGGAUUCGACCAUACUUGAAUUGCAGGAUAGUCUUGGUAAAGUGCAAGAAUAUAAGACGAUUACAGUGCAACUCAAAGAAGACCUGGAAAAAGCAAACCAUCUUCAUCGUGAGGCUGCAAGCCGAGUUGUACAGCAUCAAGAUGUUAUCCAAAAACAGAAUGAUGAGAACUUGCAUUUAAGAGAGCAGAUUGAUCGCUUAAAUGAUGAAAUUAUAGAGAGUCACCAUCAGGCAAAAGAUUUUGAAUCUACAACAGAUCUGUACAAACAGAAAUAUCAAGCAACCACUGAUAGAAUCCAAGAUCUGGAGAAACUUGUACAGAACUUUGAAGAAGAAUCAAAAUAUUCAACUAAUCAGAUGUUUGAGCUGAAUGAUGCAGUCCAUAAUUUAAAAGAUGAAAUGGUGACCUUGCGACAUCAAUAUGAAGAAAAAUGUAACCAAAUUGAAACUUGUGAAGAAAUGAUUGAUCAACUGUCAGACGAGUUGAAUGCAAGUCAACAGAACUUACAGAAAAACAAAGAUCACAGUGCUCAGUGUGAACAAUUGAUCGACAUUUUAAAAGAUGAGGUCCAGAAAAUGCAAAGAGAGAUUACAGAUCAAAAGGACACAAUACAACAACUCCAAUCAGACUUAACACAGUAUCAAAUCAACCACGGUCAUUCCAAUGAGGAGUAUAAUGUGCAGACUAGACAAAUGGAAUAUUUACAGAAGGAACUUGAAACUGUGAAAAAUGUUUGCAAUGAAAAAAUCAGUGAAGUUGAAAAAUAUGAGCAAACCUUGUUCAAACUCAGAACAGAGAUAGCAAAGUCUUCUGAUCAGCGACAGAGCUAUAUAAAUGAAGUGGAAAGUCUUGAAAAGACUUUGCAAACCCUUCAACUAAGUGGAGCAGCUUCUGAACAUAAGCAUAAACUAGAACUUGUACAACUGCAGCAACAGAUUACCCAACUUGAAAAUGAUCUUACAGAUUCACAGAGAGCUUGCAACCAAAAGAAUCAGGAAAUAUGGAAAAGAGAUGAUCUCCUGCAAAAGAGAGAGACUGAUCUUCUGCAGUCUCAAGAAAAUCUCAAAGAGAAGGUGGAAGAACUGAAAGCUUUUGAUAACUUAGCCAAGGACCUGAAAGCAGGAAUGCAAGAAUUACAGAAUCACAAGAAACAGAUUGAUAAAGAAAAUGCAGCACUGAGAACAGAGAUUCAACAACUAAACCAGGAGCUGCAGGAUACUCAUCAACAGUUCAGACAGAAAGUUCAGGAGCUUGCCAGUCAGGAACAAAAGCUGAUUUUAAUGGAGUCAAACCUUCAAGCUACUGAGAAGCAUCUCAAUGACCAGAUAGCUGAGAUAGUCCGUCAAGAACAAAGGCAACACAAAUUGCGUACUGAACUCAAAACACUUAAAGAGCACCUUGAAAAUACCAAGGAAGAGGUUAACAAGCACAAACAAAUUGAAGAGGACUUAAAACACGAACUGAAUAUGAAGAAACAGCAAGAACAGCAGAAUUUCCAGGAAAUCCUGAAGCAUCAGCAUGAUAAUCAGAAGGUCGAGUUCGAACUGACCAUUGCUAAAGAUCAUGUCCGAGUUCUCCAGCAACAGAUUAAGGACCAGGAAAGUCAUAUAUCUGCACUGGAAGAAGAGUUGAAACAGCUACAACAUAAAUAUCAUAAUGUCUGUGAAGAGCUACUGAAAGAGAAGUCUCACGCCAAAGACUUUCAAUUCAAGAUGUCUACAGCUGAGAUAAAGACAAAAAACCAUGCUGAAGAGGUACAAGAAUAUGAAGAAAGACUGAAAGAACUUAGUGUCCAGUUGAAUCAAGCACUGAAAAAAAAUAAAGAAAAUCUCAAAGAUUUGGUCACCAAAGAUGAACAACUGAUUAUGCAUGAAAAGGAGAUGGCUGUUUUAUGUGAGAAGCUCAAAGAAAACAUGGAAGAGUUGGAGGCUCAGAAACAGGCUUUGGAAGCUGUGCAAAGAGAUAAUAAUCAGUUCCAUGAGGAAAGUGAGUUAAUGCUCUCAAAUGUCAAUAAAUGGAUCACAGAGCAAGGGAAGGCAAAUGAAACUUUGGGUGCAAAAAUCAAGGAACAAAACCAACUUGUCUCCCACUUAACAGCAGACAAAGUACUUUUACAGGAAACCAUUGGUAGUUUAAGUCAAGAAUUGAAGAAAAUAAAAACGGAAUUAGAAGAAAAGAAAAAUGAUACAGAACAAAUCUGGGCAUUACAGAAUCAUUCUGCCAAUCAGCAGAUACUGCUCAAUCAACUCAGAGGUCUUCUGGAAGAUCAAGAGCAUGAACAUGAGAGUCUUAUAGCCAAGAAACUUGCAACUAUUGAAGACAUGCACAACAAAUUGAAAACCAAUAUUGAGUCAAUACAGCUGUUGAACGAACAGCUAAACACACUCAGUAAAGUAAACCUAAAACUGAAACAAGAGUUGGAAAAAGAGCAAAUUCGCUGUCAUCAACUUGAACUGCAGUCAGAAGCCUUCAAACAGACCAUCUGUUCUCUGAGGAGCCAACUGAAGGAUCAACAAUACCUGGACCAUCCACCAAGCCAGCAAGUAUCUUUACCUGAAGGAACUAUAUUUUCUGAUCCAGCAAAACUUUUAAACAGUUCCCAAGGACUUGAACAAAAGCCGAACAGAGUUUUUUCAAUGGAGAGUGUAGAAGAUUUAACCAGAGAGGAUCUUGAAAAAUCAGUGAAUACUGAUCCAAUGAUACCAGACAAAUCUUACUGGAUCCAACGAGUUGGAGAGCUUUCGGCUCAGCUACAAGAGAGCACUGAAUACUGGACAGACAAAAUGAAUGAACUAACCAAGCAAAUUGAGCAUGUUAUUUCAAGUUCAACCAAGAAAUAAUGAUUUCUGAAUUAUUGAAUUCAACAUACGU